GUACGCGGCUCGCGUCGCGGGGCGUGAUGGGAUUUGUAGUCUAGGACGUGAACGCCGUGUUUGACACAUUUCAUGUAAAUUGUAAAUGGAUUCACAGCUGGCAUGAAGAUGUUAUGACCUGGUGGAUGGAAGGUGCCUUUGGCAGUCAUGCCCGUCGUGGACCCGACGGCCGGCAUACCUCUGCGGCUGUGGAACAGCCUGAUGAAGAGGACACUUGUGCAGAAUGCCAGGAGAGCUAUAGGAUGUGGAUUCGGGGCUGCCGGCCUAUUCGUGAAGAGGGAUCCCCUGAUGCACCCAUGAGAAACUGAUGAUUGGGUACAGGUCACAGGAUCCUCCAAUUCCUUUCUUGUGAAGAAGAUGGCGGAACCUGAAGAAAAUGGGACUGGUCCUGCCCCUCCGUAUUCCAGCGAGGAGGCGGAGCCCUUUAUGGAGACAGCGGAGGCAGUGUUGACGUGUUGGCGUUACUCAAUGGAUGGAGUAGUCAUGAAUGGAACCGAUACACUGAACUCCACAACCAGCUCUCAAGCCCAAAAGAAGCGGCAGCAUUACAGCAAGCACAAGAGCCAAGGCGGCAGCGGGGUUCACCGAAAUCCAAGGGCUCUUUUUUGUUUGUACCUCAACAACCCAAUCCGUAGGGCAUGCAUCAGUAUUGUGGAAUGGAAACCUUUUGAUAUCCUCAUUCUCAUGACUAUUUUUGCAAACUGUGUGGCAUUAGGUGUCUAUAUCCCUUUCCCUGAAGAUGACUCAAAUAUAGCCAAUCAUAACCUGGAACAAGUGGAGUAUAUUUUCCUCAUCAUCUUCACUGUGGAAAGCUUCCUGAAGAUCAUUGCCUAUGGGCUGGUCAUGCACCCCAGUGCCUAUAUUAGAAACGGAUGGAAUCUUUUGGAUUUUGUCAUUGUGGUUAUUGGACUUUUCAGUGUAAUUCUGGAACAAUUUUCCCACAAGCAAGGAGAUGCGCAUCAUAUGAGCGGAAAACCUGGGGGGUUUGAUGUUAAAGCCCUAAGAGCAUUUCGUGUUCUGAGGCCUCUGCGACUUGUAUCGGGUGUCCCAAGUUUGCACAUUGUAUUAAACUCUAUCAUGAAAGCCAUGGUGCCCCUGCUUCACAUCGCUUUGCUGGUGUUGUUUGUCAUUAUCAUUUACGCCAUCAUUGGGCUGGAACUCUUCAUUGGACGAAUGCACAAGACCUGCUUUUAUAUUGGCUCAGACCUUGUCUCAGAGGAAGAGCCCGCCCCUUGCGCUUUUUCUGGUCAUGGGAGAGAAUGUCACCUGAACAACACAGAGUGUCGGGGCAAGUGGGAAGGACCCAAUGGGGGGAUCACAAACUUUGAUAAUUUCUUUUUUGCUAUGCUGACCGUAUUCCAGUGCAUCACUAUGGAAGGCUGGACAGAUGUACUAUACUGGAUGCAGGAUGCCAUGGGCUACGAGCUUCCCUGGGUGUACUUCGUCAGCUUAGUUAUUUUCGGGUCAUUCUUCGUCUUAAACCUCGUCUUGGGUGUGUUGAGUGGAGAAUUCUCCAAGGAAAGAGAAAAGGCCAAAGCCAGGGGAGACUUCCAGAAACUGAGGGAAAAGCAGCAAAUGGAGGAAGAUCUUAAAGGAUAUCUAGACUGGAUCACACAGGCUGAAGACAUUGAACCAGAAAGGGAUGAGAGAGAUGAAAGACACAACCCCAGCCUUCCCGCAAGUGAGACCACGUCCCUCAAUACAGAGAAUAUAGAUGAUGAGCAUACAAACUGCUGCUCUCUCUGCAUGAGUAAGUUGGGUCAGACUGGAUGUUGCCGAAAGCUAAGGCAAUGGAACAGAGCCUUUCGGAGAAAAUGCCGCCAGGCAGUAAAAUCUGUCACUUUCUAUUGGAUGGUUCUGAUCCUGGUAUUUCUGAACACACUGACCAUAGCAUCGGAGCACUACCGGCAGCCGGAAUGGCUGACUCAGAUACAAGGCUAUGCAAACAAGGUUCUGCUGUCUCUCUUCACUCUGGAAAUGCUCCUGAAAUUGUACAGUCUUGGCUUCCAGGCUUAUUUUGUGUCUUUCUUCAAUCGAUUCGACUGCUUUGUUGUGUGCGGGGGCAUCCUGGAGACCGUUCUGGUUGAAUUCCAUAUCAUGUCCCCACUUGGAAUUUCUGUACUUCGCUGUGUGCGGCUGCUGAGGAUCUUCAAGGUGACAAGACACUGGGCAUCGCUGAGUAACCUGGUUGCCUCUCUGCUGAACUCCAUGAAAUCCAUCGCAUCUUUACUGCUGCUCCUGUUCCUCUUCAUCAUCAUCUUUUCAUUGCUGGGGAUGCAACUUUUUGGUGGAAAGUUCAAUUUUGAUGAGACCCAGACCAAAAGGAGUACCUUCGACACCUUCCCACAGGCGCUGCUCACUGUAUUCCAGAUCCUGACUGGCGAAGACUGGAACGCAGUGAUGUAUGAUGGGAUCAUGGCCUAUGGGGGCCCAUUCUUUCCUGGAAUGCUGGUCUGCGUGUAUUUUAUCAUCCUCUUCAUAUGUGGAAACUAUAUUUUACUGAACGUCUUCUUGGCUAUCGCUGUGGACAAUCUGGCUGAUGGAGACAAUAUUAACAGCAAAGAUAAGAAGGGAGGCAAGAAGUCAGGGAAGAAAGAAGACAGCUCAUCUAAGGCUGCAAAUGAAGAAGAUCACGAGGAAGAAGAGGGAAGUGAGCAGUCUGAAGAAGAGGAAGAAGAAGAGGGAAGUCUACCGGAUUCUCACCUGGAUAAACUUGCAGAGUUUGCACCAAAGGAGAAAGUUCUUCCAAUCCCAGAGGGAAGCGCCUUCUUCAUUCUGAGCAACACCAACCCGCUCAGAGUUGGAUGUCAUCGAUUGAUUCAUCACCAUAUUUUCACCAACCUCAUCCUGGUCUUCAUCAUCCUGAGCAGCAUCUCCCUGGCAGCCGAAGAUCCAAUACGUGCCCACUCUUUCCGUAAUCAUAUUCUGGGUUAUUUCGACUAUGCUUUCACCUCCAUCUUCACAGUGGAGAUUCUACUGAAGAUGACGGCGUAUGGUGCCUUCCUGCACAAAGGCUCAUUCUGCAGAAACUGGUUCAACCUCCUGGAUCUGCUUGUUGUUAGCGUGUCUCUCAUCUCCUUUGGGAUUCACUCAAGUGCCAUCUCCGUGGUAAAGAUCCUCCGAGUACUCAGAGUGCUACGUCCACUGAGAGCCAUUAACCGAGCCAAGGGGCUAAAGCAUGUGGUCCAGUGUGUGUUUGUUGCUAUCCGCACUAUCGGUAACAUUAUGAUAGUCACCACUCUCCUCCAGUUCAUGUUCGCCUGUAUCGGCGUUCAACUCUUUAAGGGCAAGUUCUUCAGUUGCACCGAUGAAGCCAAGCAUAUGCCGGAGCAGUGCAAGGGCACAUUCAUCGUGUACAAGGAAGGAGAUGUCACCCACCCGAUGGUACGAGAGAGAAUCUGGCACAACAGCGAAUUCAACUUCGACAAUGUCCUGUCCGGAAUGAUGGCUCUUUUCACCGUGUCCACCUUUGAGGGCUGGCCAGCGCUGUUGUAUAAAGCAAUCGAUGCCAAUGGGGAAAACGUUGGACCCAUUUACAAUUACCGCGUGGAAAUCUCCAUCUUUUUCAUCGUCUACAUCAUCAUUAUCGCCUUCUUCAUGAUGAACAUUUUCGUGGGUUUUGUCAUCAUAACCUUUCGAGCUCAGGGUGAACAGGAAUACAAGAACUGUGAGCUGGACAAGAACCAGAGACAAUGUGUGGAAUAUGCUCUAAAGGCCCAACCUCUGCACAGGUAUAUCCCAAAACAAAGAUUUCAGUACAAAGUUUGGUACAUGGUCAACUCCACCGGCUUCGAGUACAUUAUGUUUGUGCUUAUUCUGCUUAACACCAUUGCUCUGGCAAUGCAGCACUAUGAACAGUCAACACCAUUUAACUAUGCCAUGGACAUCCUGAACAUGGUCUUUACUGGGCUGUUCACUGUGGAGAUGGUGCUGAAACUCAUCGCAUUCAGACCUAAGCAUUAUUUCUGUGAUGCCUGGAACACGUUUGAUGCACUUAUAGUGGUCGGAAGCCUUGUUGACAUUGCAGUGACUGAAGUCAAUAAUGGAUGGCAUGUCGGGGAGAGUUCAGAAGACAGCUCCCGAAUAUCUAUCACCUUCUUCCGUCUCUUCCGUGUAAUGCGUUUAGUAAAGCUGCUGAGUAAGGGAGAAGGUAUAAGGACAUUGCUGUGGACAUUUAUCAAAUCUUUCCAGGCCUUGCCAUAUGUUGCUCUCCUGAUAGCGAUGAUAUUUUUCAUCUACGCUGUCAUCGGUAUGCAGACAUUUGGAAAAAUCGCCAUGCAGGAUGGGACGCAGAUAAACCGGAAUAACAACUUCCAGACGUUCCCCCAGGCGGUGCUGCUGCUCUUCAGAUGUGCCACAGGCGAGGCCUGGCAAGAGAUCAUGUUGGCCAGUUUACCAGGCAAGAGAUGUGACAGCGAAUCAGACUUUGCUCCGGAGGAAGAGUUCACCUGUGGAAGCAACUUCGCCAUUGUGUAUUUCAUCAGCUUCUUCAUGCUUUGUGCUUUCUUAAUCAUCAACUUAUUUGUUGCCGUCAUCAUGGACAAUUUCGAUUAUCUCACAAGAGACUGGUCAAUUCUUGGCCCUCACCAUUUGGAUGAGUUUAAGAGGAUCUGGUCUGAGUAUGACCCCGAAGCAAAGGGCCGUAUUAAACACUUGGACGUGGUGACUUUAUUACGCCGUAUCCAACCUCCCCUGGGAUUUGGAAAGCUUUGCCCACACCGGGUGGCAUGUAAGAGAUUGGUCGCCAUGAAUAUGCCUCUAAAUUCGGAUGGUACUGUGACAUUCAAUGCUACUCUUUUUGCCCUGGUGCGGACUUCACUAAGGAUAAAAACUGAAGGGAAUCUGGAUGCGGCUAAUGAGGAGCUGAGAGCCGUCAUCAAAAAAAUCUGGAAGAGAACCAAGCAGAAGAUACUAGACGAAGUCAUCCCUCCGCCGGAAGAAGAAGAAGUCACCGUGGGGAAAUUUUACGCCACUUUCCUGAUCCAAGAUUACUUCCGGAAAUUUCGCCGUAGGAAGGAAAAGGGUCUUCUGGGAACGGAAAACCUGCCAAGCAAUUCUACCACGUUACAGGCUGGACUGCGGAGUCUACAGGAUCUGGGGUCAGAGAUUCGAAGAGCAUUGUCCUGCGAUCUUGAAGAAGAAGACCUCUCUUCCUUUAGAGGGUUGGGGCGCCAGGUGGUAGAGGAGACGGCUUUAUGUGAGGGUGCACCAGACUUGGUCAAUGAACGUCGGCUUUCUUCAUCUGUACUGUCCCUCACCAACUCUACAGGCGGACGCGAUGAGCAGGCUCCUACCCCCCGCAGGUCAUCUUUAGUAAAUCGAUCUGGCGGAGGCUCCAAAGACAGCUUGUUACCUCCCCCAUCAGCACCGUCCAGUGGGACUAGUGUCAAGAAAAGGCCGCUCAGCACGCGCAGAAGAAGCUCAGACGCAACCUUCAUACCACCAACUGUGCAUGAACAAGAAGAAAUAGCUAGUGAAGAUGAACAGAGAUCUAAGACGUCCUCGCCUGUAUACCCCCUGAACCAUGAGACUGACAGAAAGCAAAAUUUGGAAGAUCCUGUGAGUCGUUCUGUGUCUCCAGAAGAAAGAAUAAACAUUCCAUCCACACCUAUAGCGCCUCCUGCAGCUCCCAGGGCUAAUGGCACCAUAGAUAGCAGAGUACCCCCUCGCCGGAGACUUCUGCCACCUACUCCAGGUGGAAAAUCUGCAUUUAGCAUCCAGUGCCUCAAAAGACAAGGGAGCUGCGACGACAUCCCCAUCCCAGGAACCUACCAUCAGAACGCACCGCCCUGCCGCACCAGGCUUUAUGGAAGUUCAGAUUCCUGGCAAAGAAACAAUUAUCCAGCAGGUGGUCCUCACUCCUGGGCCAAUCCCCCAAAGCGUGGUCGCCUGCUUUAUGCCCCCCUUAUCUUGGUGGAGGAAGAGAGCAGCCUGCCCACUAUCCCUUGCACGCACUGGUAUAGAGAAGAAGAUGGCAAGGCACCUUAUUGCGCUUAUACCCAGCUCCAUGUGCCUGGGCAGAGGCUGACGGAGAAGAGAGGCAGCGCAGAUAGCCUAGUGGAGGCGGUUUUGAUUUCGGAGGGUCUGGGCCUCUACGCACGGGACCCAAAGUUUGUUGCUUUUGCUAAGCGUGAGAUUGCAGACGCCUGCCACAUGACCAUCGAUGAGAUGGAGAGCGCAGCCAGCGACCUUCUAAGCCAGAGUCGAAAAAGCAGCUGGAGCGGAAGUACUGGAGGAAAAUCCGGUGGGGAGGACAUGUUAGGGCAAGGGCUCUUCUACAGCGAUGAAGAAUCAGUGCAUUGUAGAGAUGAGGAGGAGCUGAGGGAUGAAAUGGCGUGUGUGUCCUCAUUCUAAGAGCAGAGAGUUAAGCCAAAGCAACUUUAUUAAGAGCAGAUACAACACCAAUAUGGACGCCUGGCACUUCUGGCGUGUUCUUCCUACAUGAUCGAAGAGUAAGGCAGGAAGAAAGAUAACCUACAUGGUCCAAGGCUGUAUCAAGCCUCAUAUAGUUAUCAUGAAAUCAUAGCAGCUGGUUGAAUCCACUUCUAACAUUACAGGUCAUUUACAAUGGUGUAUGUGUAUAUGUAUAUAUAUAUAUAUAUAUAUAUAUAUAUAUAUAUAUAUCUCCAUUGAAAAGACUGUAUUGUUCCUAUUAUUGUAUUGGUGCCAUCCUAUGAUCUCCCUCCACCCGGCGGUCACUCCACCUAUUGAAGCACAGACACGCUCCCUUUCAACACCUGACAAGCAUCUGUCCUGGUCAUGCUAUGACAAAUCUUCUGUUGACCUAGAAGAUUAAAGGGGUACUCCAGCGGUUUAAUACUCAUCUCCUAUUCACAGGAUAGAGAUGAGUAUCUGAUUGCAGGUCCUACUGUGAUCCCCAGACUGUCACCCGAAUCUCGUGCAAAGAGGGGGGGGGGGGUCAACAUGCCCCUUCCAUGCAAUCUUUAUCUCUGCCAUUUCCAUAGAGAAUGCCGUGCCAUAGAGCCAUUGAGGAUCAAAAUCACCAUCAAUGUCUACCCCCGAAAGCCCCUAUUUAAAGGGGUGUCCAAGAAUAGAAAAACAGAGCUAAUUUCUUUCAAAAACCGCUCCCUGUUUGUCUCCAGGUAGGCUGUGGUUCUGCAGCUCAGUUCCAUUAAAGUGAAUAGAGCCAAGAUGUAAUACCACACCCAACCUGGAGACAGAUGGGGAUCAUUUUUUGAAAGAAAUUAUCUCUGUUCUUCUAUUCCUGGAUAACCCCUCUAAGUGAAAGGUGUUCUUAGUCCUGGAGAACCCCCCAUUGAUCAGCUAAUUGCAGGGCCUAAAGCUGCAGCCUCUUUAUUGCUUCCCAGAAACAGUGCCACCCAUUUUGUGGUGACUGUGCCUAGUGUAGUACCAGGUACCAGCGUGUCAAGUGUAGUACCAAGCACAGCCACUAAGAAAAGUAAGCAGCCACUUUAGUCAGCUGAUCGGUGGGGGCGCCAGGAAUAGUACCCCCACUAGUCUGAUACUGAUGGUUUAGACCAAUGGUCUCCAAACUGUAGCCUUUCAUACGUUGUAAAACUACAACUCCCAGCAUCCCCGAACAGCCUUCGGCUGUUCGGGCAUGCUGAGAGUUGUAGUUUUGCAACAGCUGGAGGCACACUGGUUGGGAAACAUUUAUCUAACAGUAGACUACAAUUGCAGCACAAACAACAAAUGAAUCCAACCGGUGCAGUUAAAAACGUUGCAAUAGCAGCCGGAACACCGACGUGUUUCUAGCGCCUAGGCCCCCUUAAUCAUGAGCCUUGAUUAGGGGUGCCUAGGCACCAGAAAUGCGUCUGUGUUUUGAUAUAGACCAAUGUUCAAGUCCAUGCAAACCCCUUCAAAGUCAGUGAGGAUGUAGACAUUUGUUAGGACAAUCACUAUAAUUCACAUAAUGUCCCUAUGACAACACUGAACCAUCCAAGAGUUGUCAUGGGGAAACUAACUCACAUUCUUUGUAAACACUACAUGACCACUGAAGUGUUGCAUUUUGGGAGUUCUUCUAGAAUGGAUCAACUGAACGCAUCAUUUACACCCAUGAAGGUGAUGGAAUCUGGGCCUGGACGUCUACUUACUCAAAUCCUAAGGGUCCCUGAAGGACUAACACGCAGGACUUAGACUUUAGGACAAGAUUUCCUGUUUUAGGGGGGACAUUCAGGUAUAAUAAAACCGCUACAUGUCAUUUACUAUAAGGAUUAGGAAACGUCAUCUUUUAAUAAGUGAAUAUUACUAACUUUUCUAUGCAGGAUUUAGGUUCUAUUCCAGCUUUCUAUCUGGAAUAAUGGCGCCAAUAGAAAGGUAUAUAAAACUCUCUGAUUUUAUGAAGACUAAGAUGAAGAAUAUGUCUCUAUCUAUAUGUUCCAUUUUUUACCUUUUUAAAUGUAAAUAGGGAUUUUCAUUUGAAUAAAAAUAAUUUUGUUUCUUUUUAUUUUUCAGCAAAGUUGUUUGUUUUUGUUUUCUUCUUGCCUAUUCAGCCUAGG